AUGGCGACAUCUACAGAUGAUCCGGCAUUGCAGGCUGAUCUCGAAUCGGAGAAUAUUCCUACUAUGACAACGAUUGUGCCGAGUAUGUUCACACCGCUAGAAGAUGAUCUCCUUGAUCGAUUAGAGCCACCAAAGGACCGAAUAGAGCGACUGCAACGUAUUCUGGAAAAUAUAGACACUCAUGAGAAGAAGGUCCUGGAUAAUGCGCUGUGGAUGGUUGAGCGUGAAAAGCGGCGUAUCAUCAUAGAGGCAAAACGCGUCGAAGAAUCGUUCUAUCCCCCAGAGGCACAGCUGGGAAUUGAUCCAGACGAAACCGACAUCCUCAUCCAGAACAUGAGAGCGGCCCCUGAGCCCGGACUGGACUACAAUGUGAUGGAGAUUCAACUGCCGAGACACGACAUCGUUCAGCCAAACUUCUCGCAUCGAGAGGACACCACUCGGCAGCUGUUAGAUCUCGUAGAGAAGGCGAGCAGAAGCAUGGAGCAUUACAAGACCCGUAUGAAGGCUGCGAAGGAUUUUUAUCAGGAUCGUUUACAGAAAGAGAUUACACGAGAUGAGGAGUUUAGCAAGAGGCCUGAAGCCAUUAUUUUGAAGCGGCCGUAA